CUUCAGCAUCCCCUCUACACGUUCAUGUUUCUCUUUUUUGGUGAUUACUUGGGAGUUGCCGGAGCUAAAACAACGUGCAUUUUGUAUCACGUUUCAGCUAGUGACAACCGAUGUAUAAGUCCACCGUUUUCUUGUUUCCUUCACUCCCUGUCUCUUUCUUUCUUCUUUUCCUCUCACACUCACAGCAACUACCCUUACUCUAUUUGAACUUCAAGCCAACAUGGAUGAGCAAUAUGACAUUAUAGUUCUCGGCACUGGGUUGACCGAAUGCAUUCUCUCUGGCAUUUUCUCCGUUGAAGGCAAGAAAGUUCUCCACAUCGAUCGUAACGACUAUUACGGCGGUGAAUCAGCCUCCCUCAACUUGAACCAGCUUUUUCACAAGUAUCGUCCCGAUGCAUCCGUCCCCUCCGACUUGGGACGUGAGCGAGACUACAAUAUCGACUUGAUCCCCAAGUUCAUGAUGGCCAAUGGCGAAAUUGUUCGCUUUUUGACGCACACCGAUGUCACCCGUUACCUCGAAUUCAAGCAGAUUUCUGGCUCGUAUGUAUAUCGGGAUGGAAAGAUUUGCAAGGUUCCUGCCACAGAGGCCGAAGCUGUUACGUCUCCCCUGAUGGGCAUGGUCGAAAAGCGCCGCUUGCAAAAGUUCUUUGAGUUUAUCCAGAACUGGAAGGAUGAUGAUGAAUCCACUCAUGAUGGUGUGGAUCUUGACAAGAGCACCAUGGUCCAAUUAUACGAAAAGUUUGGCCUGGAGCCCGGAACCCAGGACUUCAUUGGUCACGCCAUGGCGCUACACUUGGAUGAUGACUACCUCCAGAAGACUGCUCGUGAAACCGUCGACAAGAUUAUCCUGUAUGUAGCAUCCAUUGCUCGCUAUGGCAAGAGCCCUUACAUUUAUCCUCUCCACGGAUUGGGAGAGCUCCCACAAUCCUUCGCACGUCUGAGUGCUAUUUAUGGUGGAACCUACAUGUUGGACCAUGCCGUUGAUGAAAUUUUGUAUGAAAACGGUGUUGCCGUCGGGGUCCGCUCAGGCGAGCAAAAGGCCACAGCAAAGCAAAUCAUUUGCGAUCCCUCCUAUGCUGCUAGCAAGGUCAAGACAGCGGGAAAGGUUGUGCGAGCUAUCUGUCUCCUUAAACACCCCAUCCCGGAGACUGGUGAGGCAGACUCGGUCCAGAUCGUUAUCCCUCAAAACCAGGUUGGCCGCAAACAUGACGUCUACGUUGCUUGUGUCUCCAGCAAUCACAACGUCUGCCCCAAGGACAUGUACCUCGCCAUCGCCUCGACUAUUGUCGAGACAGACGAGCCCGAGAAGGAAAUCCAGGCUGGCCUUGACUUGAUGGGCCCGAUCCAUGACAAAUUCAUCUCCAUCACUGACCUCACGGAACCUGAGUGUGAUGGCUCUAGCGACCAAGUGUUUGUUUCCCGUUCAUACGAUGCUACUUCACACUUUGAAACUGUAUGCGAUGAUGUCAAGGAUAUCUAUCGUCGUAUGACGGGAUCGGACCUGGUCCUCAAGCAGAGACCCACCCAGGAGCAGGAGCAGGCUGAAAUGAACGCCUAAAAACCAUAUAUUCUUCCUCCCCUACCCCCACAUUCUCUUCUUUUGUCCGUAGCAGCAGAUGCAUAGUCUCAGCCCAUAGUCCUCUUUCGUCACUUUCGUCAUCUUCUCUCUCCUUAUGGAACCGCACAUGCUUUUCUUUUUUCAUUAUAGCAAAUUUCUUAAUACCCACGCAAUAACAUUUACAACAACUAUAACAGAACAUGAG